AGUUAGGUGUAUAAAUACAGGUACUCAGAGAUCACAGCCAUAGGUAGCUUGAAAGAGACUCCACACUCCGGCCACCCCAGUUGUACUCUUACAUUAUUAGUUUUUAUUUUUGAAAUAAAACCCCUGAAAUUAAAUAUCGGUUUUUUUGGGUCAGCCUCAAAUAUCUAGCAUUUAACAAUUGUAAGAAUUUGAGAAUAAGAGAUUAGGUGGUUGUUAUUAUUAGGUUAAAACUGUUGAGACACAAACAUGAAGCUACUUGCCAUCCUGGCUGCGGCGUGCAUUGUGGUGUUGGCUGGACUGGACGGUGGCGCCGAGGGCGGUCGCCUUGGGGUGAAGCUGUGCGGGCGCGAGUUCAUCCGCGCCGUGAUCUUCACCUGCGGGGGCUCCAGAUGGAGGAGAGACACCUCCACUCGGGGCGACACCUCGGACGAGUUUGAUCCCCGGUCCCUGUGGGGCGAGUCCAGCUCCCUGCAAGCGGAGGGCCUCGAGGCGGCCGCCUCUCCCUCCGGGGACCCCGAGCCUGGGGCUCCCUGGCGUCACCUUCCUGGGCCCCGGGGCCUGCAGCGCGGAGACAGGGCCACCAAAGCAGGCCUCGCGUCUGUCUGCUGCCACUGGGGCUGUUCCAAGUCGGACAUCAGCACCUUAUGUUGA